CACAGAUCCAUGAGUCAGUGGCCACCUUGUGAGGAAAAAGGCGAGGGUGGAGAGACUUCGUAACUUGUAUGAUUUUUGUCUACAGUAUUAUUUCUCCAUAAGCUCAUGGAUGAUCUCCACUUCAGACCCGCGUCCGAUUCGGUGGUCAGCAUAGUCGGUCUCUCAACUCAAGUUGUAGAAAAGACAGAAAUGGAUAUCCUCUGUUUUGGCUGUUGGAUGCAAUGAUGUUGCAGCGAACAUCCUAUGAGCUCAUGAUUAUCAUUAAACACUGACGAUAUGCAAUCAAUCAAGCAAGAGGUGGACUCGUCUGAGUCUUACACUGGAGACGAUGCCCUGGUGUUUGCAGUGGCCUUACAGGGAACUAAUCGAGACCUUUUGGGUCACCAACUUCCUGCAUUGCCUUUCAAGCCCAAAACGAGCUGUCGCAGGAAAAGGGAGUUCAUUCCAGAGGAGAAGAAAGAUCACUUGUACUGGGAGAGACGCCGCAAAAACAAUGAGGCCGCCAAGCGCUCAAGAGAAAAGCGCCGCAUCAACGACAUGGUGCUGGAGAACAAGCUGCUGGCCUUGGGGGAGGAGAAUGCUUCUCUAAAGGCAGAGCUGUUGUCUCUCAAGCUAAAGUUUGGUCUGCUUAGCUCAUCAGCCUACACACAGGAAGUGCAAAAACUAGCCAGUGCAACUAGUGCAAACCUUUAUCAGGAGUUUGUAACCCAAUGUAGUAGCCAGAGUCCCUCCAGCAGGGACACAGAGCCUCACAUACGCAGCAGCUGCAUAUCUGUCAUUAAGCAUUCGCCACACAGUCUUUUACCUGAUAGGACUGAGACAAGUACAGCUGCUGAGGACAGCCUGAAUAUUUGUCGGGCUUCAGGUGUAAAGCAGGAACCAGCAGGGAGCUACACACAGGAGCGCAAUAGUCCUUAUGACAUGUUCAGGGCGUACAUGACCAGUCCUUUGAAUGUAAACUACCCACAGGCCCCUUCAUUUGUGCAGAUGAACCGCUCGUCCAGUGACUCCCCUGGAAGCUCCGAGGAUGGAGCUGUGAGUAAGUCUUCGGAUGGUGAAGAGGAGCAGCAGGUACCCAAAGGGCUGCCAGCUGACCCCACAAGUGUCAUUGUGUCCACGCACAAAGUGCCAGAUGCAAAUUCAGGAUCUGCUUUACCGCACAAACUACGAAUAAAAUGUAGGACCAUCCAAAUCAAAGUGGAAGCCAUUGACCCAGAAUAUGAGGCUUCUGGAAAGUCCUCUAACCACACCAAUGGGGAAAGUUACCAGACUACUCAGGACUGCCCUACAUCAUCCAUGUGUGAUUUGUCUGUGCAGGUGAAUCAUAUGCAUAACUGGACCCAGCAGUCUGAGUCGUGGCAUAAAGAUGAGACAGAGACGCUGACCCCAAGCCCCAGUUCAAAUGGCUCCUAUGCACACUCAGACAAUGAUGAAGCAAACCUGAUUGCAGGGCGCCAGAAUUCUGUGAUAGAGACUGCCAAAGGUGCCACUGAACACCAUGCACAAUUAGGAAAUCCCUUGAAAUAACUAAAUAUUGUGUUUUUGCAUUUUCACAAUUUGCAAUCACACUCCAUGUCAUGUGGUUUAUACAAGGUUCAUGCAAACAGGUACAUUUUCAGUUUUGUUUUGAUGAUGAACCUACAAAAAAGUUAACCAUACCACCAUAAUUUUAGAAUGUAUAGAUUUAUUCACUAUUGUGUGUGGAGGGCACUGAUGUGCGCAACUUUGUACUGUGCUUUAGUUGACCACAUUGUCAGAAUGCUGAACACACCUUUAGUAACACCCUCUCGUUUUUGUGGAGCUUCCUAUAGUAGCAUAAGGCUCUAGUAUCACAAACCACUGUGUUAAUAAGAGGCAGUUGACUCACAGCCUGGCCAAUCUUUGCCUUAAAGCAAAUUCUGUGAAAUUACAAACCUUUAUAUUAGUUUCUCAGAUAUGUGUUAACCGGAUUAAAAAAUUUUUAGGACACUUUCAGGAACACCUCUUUAUGUUACAUUUACAUGUAUUUAAUGGGAAAACUCGUGGCUGUCACUCUGCGUUUAGCACUCAUGGCCUUGUCAAAGACAGAUUAACUGACAUGGUGUGCUCUCUGAUGGAGUUUAAACUUUUAGCUUUAAUCUUUAUUUUUUGUUUUUUAAAAAGCGUUGCCUUCUGCACUGGUUCGGUAUUUUUAUUUGAAAGGAACCCUAAAUAUUGCCAAACAGCAAGUUUUGUUUUAUGUUGUUUUGUAUUGUUGGUUUCAUUUUGCAGGGUGAUGCACGUGAAUUAAAGUGGUGGCACUGAGCUGGGACUGAUGUUUAUCAACAUGCUACCAUUUUCUGUGUCAUCUUUAUUUACAAUUGCUAGUUUUCAUCAUCAAUGUCAAUUGCUCUUUUAGACAUUAUUCAUAAUUACAUCACUUCUAUUCUAUUUAGCUGUGUGUGUGUGUGUGCCUUUGUUUCCACACUUUGUACAAUUUUGGUGGAACAUGAAGAAUUCACCCAGCAGCCUAAUGUUCAGCAACUUGUAUCUGGGCACUUAAGACUUGUAUUGGUAAGUUUUUGUUUACAAUAAAUGAAAUGCAUUGUAA